CCGCAGGCCAGACACCAGCCCACAUCCAUUCACCAGCACAGGAGGAUUUUACCCGUCCGAAAAAAGUCCGCGCUCUCCAGUCCGUCAGGCUCCAAGAUAGAUUCUCUCAGGAGUAAGGUGGAACUGCUGAAGUUGCCGCUGACUCUGUCCUCUAAAUCCCUCUCAGAGCGUAAGACUCAGCUGGGCGGAGUCACAGAGCGCUCCAGGGGCGGAGCUGGGGGCCACAAACCCCGCCCACUGGCCCCCGACAUGGAUAACGAGUCGCAGUACUCGGGCUAUUCAUACAAGUCUUCACACUCACGCAGCUCUCGCAAACACAGGGACAGGAGAGACAGACAUCGCUCUAAAAGCAGAGACAGCAGCAGCAGAGGAGACAAAUCUGUGACCAUCCAGGCUCCUGGAGAACCACUGCUGGACGCCGAGUCCACACGCGGAGAUGAUCGGGAUGAUAACUGGGGUGAAACCACGACGGUGGUGACGGGGACGUCGGAGCACAGCGUCUCCAAUGAGGACCUGACACGGGCCUCUAAAGAGCUGGAGGACUCGUCCCCGCUGGAAUGCCGUCGCUUCGCCGGGCCGAUCGUGAGCGGGGUGCUGGGUCUGUUCGCUCUGCUGACGCCGCUGGCUUUCCUUCUGCUGCCGCAGCUGCUGUGGCGAGAUUCCCUGGAGCCCUGCGGGACGCCCUGUGAGGGCCUGUAUGUGUCUCUGGCCUUCAAGCUGCUGGUGCUGCUGAUCUCGUCCUGGGCCCUGUUCUUGCGGCCGUCUCGCUCCACGCUGCCGCGCUUCUUCGUCUUCCGCUGCCUACUCAUGGCGCUGGUCUUCCUCUUCGUGGCCUCCUACUGGCUGUUCUACGGCGUGCGGGUGCUGGAACCCAGAGAGCGCGACUACAGGGGAAUUGUGGGAUAUGCGGUGUCGCUGGUGGACGCGCUGCUUUUCAUCCAGUAUCUGGCGCUGGUGCUGCUGGAGGUUCGACACCUCAGGCCGGCCUUCUGUCUCAAAGUGGUGCGCACCACCGACGGGGCCAGCCGCUUCUACAAUGUGGGACACCUCAGCAUCCAGCGAGCAGCCGUGUGGGUUCUGGAUCAUUAUUACACUGAUUUCCCAGUCUACAAUCCUGCUUUACUCAACCUGCCCAAAUCCAUCCUGUCCAAGAAGAUGUCUGGAUUCAAGGUCUACUCUCUCGGAGAAGAGAACAGCACUAAUAACUCGACGGGUCAGUCUCGAGCCAUGAUCGCCGCCGCCGCCCGCAGACGGGACAACUCUCAUAAUGAAUAUUACUACGAGGAGGCUGAGAUGGACCGCAGGGUCCGCAAGCGCAAAGCCAGGCUGGUGGUGGCGGUGGAGGAGGCCUUCACACACAUUAAGAGGCUGCAGGACGAUGAGGCGGCGGCGUCCCCCAAACACCCACGAGAGGUCAUGGACCCCCGAGAGGCGGCGCAGGCCAUCUUCGCCCCGAUGGCUCGAGCCAUGCAGAAGUACCUGCGCACCACACGCCAGCAGCCCUACCACAGCAUGGAGAGCAUCAUCUCACACCUGCAGUUCUGCAUCACGCACAACAUGACGCCCAAGGCAUUUCUGGAGCGCUACCUGACUCCGGGUCCCACCAUGCAGUACCAGCGUGAGAACGGCAGGGGGCGGCAGUGGACUCUGGUGAGCGAGGAGCCGGUGACUGCAGCACUACGUCAGGGCCUCGUCUUCUCGCUGCGCCGCCUCGACUUCGCCCUUGUCGUCACGGUGACGCCCCUCCCUUUCCUCAACCUGGGGGAGGAGUUUAUCGACCCCAAGAGCCACAAGUUUGUGAUGCGGCUCCAGUCGGAAACCUCGGUGUGAGGAGCAGAGACUCUACAGCAGCAGCAGCAGAGGGACAAACCACUCGCUCUUUACUUCUAGAUAUCACUCUUCCUUUGGUUUUAUUAUAAUUAUUACACUACAUGAACUACUCGCUGUCGGGGUCACCCCGGACUCCCUAACUGCAAUGCAUUGUUUUUUUAAUUUUGUGAAUAACAUGAUCAAGUACAGUUCCACAUAUCAGAGUGCUGCACAAACUGGACGAUUCACCAGCAGUUCUGCGUUUGCAUUAGACACCUGAGCUCGAGG